AGCCGCCGCGGAACAGAGGAGACAGACAGCGGAGGAGCCCAUUACGGUCCACCACGGUCAAAGCAGAGGGAUGCCCCCCGUCGCAACGGCUAGUCGUGCCCGAUCCUCCCCUCCCCUCCCCGUCCUGUCCUCGUCGCGCCGCCCCUCCGAUCCCCCUUCGCGCCCCCGCGCCGCCGACCACCCAGCGGCCACGGAGAAUCCUGCACCGGCGGCGGGAGGGAAGCCGUUCCUGCUGUCCGUGCCGACGGUCACCGAGGAGGCGCCACCUCCGCUCUGCGCCGUCCAGAUGGAGGGACUGGAUGUUGCUAGGUUGGCGUGGGAUUGCCUCAACCGAGAUGAUGAUGAUGAUGAUGAAGAGCUCCUGAGAUUACUGGGAAAUCAAACUCCUCUGCGAGACUGCCAUGCCUUCCUUGACAUUGGGGAUAUCACCUGCGAGGAGACACUGGACCUGGAGGAAUAUCGGGAACCGAAGCGGCGACGCAUAUUGGAGUAUCCUUCUGAGGUUAAUCAGCCAGAUGGUCGAGAUCAUGACAUGGGUUCUAAUUUUGUCACAUCUGAGGUAACAGAGGCUUCACUGAUUUGCACUGACGAACCACAGAGCUUAAACUGGGAUAUGCAGCAAGAUUCAGAUAUUUUAGAUAUGAUAAGUUCCUUGUCAAAUGGGGCACCCUACGAGCCAUCAGAUAAUCAGUUGGAAAACUACUCUGAUGGAUCUACUAUCUACUACACACCUGAUCAAAUGACUCCUACCCAGGAGAGCGUUACAUAUAUGGAUUGCCAAACUGAUAUGCCAGGAACAAGUGAGAUUGCACCGGCAACGGAGAAUCUCAUAAUGCAGGAGACUAACAAACUUUCUAUGCUAAAAGUAUCUAAAGGAGGAAGCUCGAUGAUCAAGAUGAAGCAAAAUUUAACUACAUUUAUGACAUGCCCAUUUACCCUUAUAAAACCAUAUUGGGAAGAAGGAAACGUCACUCUGAAGGAUAUAAAUCAGCUAAUCCAUGCUCCUCCGAAGCAGCCUCCAGAAAUCCUGGGAAUGUCAGCUUUUUCUGGCAAGCCAGUGAUUGGCAAGACCAGAAUCAGAACAGAAGGGGGGAAAGGCAGCAUCACAAUACUAAGAACAAAGGGCUGAGGACGCCACAACUUAUUUAACAGGCCAUUCCCUCGAUUGCUUUCAAGAAUUUGGUCUUCUUGUGCAGGCCUCUAUAGCUUUUCAAUUUUCUUGGUCACAAUUGUGCGCCAUGUGUUCAGAGUUACCUUGGAUGGUUAACUCGUUUUCCAAACAUUCAGCAUUCUUGUGUGUUUUAGUGGCAUGCGGCUAAUGAUGUAUGCGGAAAUUUGAGUUCAGAGUGGCAUGUGGCACUCCUUUCGUAAGUUCA